GAAACGCAACCCUUUGCAGGAUGUGGGUAACAUGCACAGUCUUUGCUUUGAGCAUGUUUUAUGCAGCAGCUCAGGAGGUGACAAACAGGACGGUAGCUUUGGAUAUUGAGAAUAUCGAGAACGUGCCAGACGUUACGAAAAUCAUCAACUUAAAAGAUGUGUAUGCGAGAAAAGUCUUUUUCGCCAGGGACUGCGAUGAACUCUACCAGAUGGGCUACCGUAAACACGGUCUUUAUAUAAUCCGGCCAGAUAACUCCAUCAUGAUUGUGGUCCAGUGCUACAUGCAUGACUGUGGUGGGUGGACGGUUAUCCAGAAGAAUAGCUUUAACACGGAGAUCACGUGGACUGUUGCUUGGAAAACAUACAAAUUCACGUUCGGCAACAUGGCAUCUGACCAUUGGCUCGGCCAUUACUAUAUACACCUGCUAACAGUGCAGAAAUGGAACAAAGUAAAGAUUAUUCUGGUCGAUUCUAAAAACACAACCAGGUACGCAGAGUAUGACAGUAUCUAUGUGAAGGAUGAAGAUCACGGGUACCAGUUGCGACUAGGCACCUACAGCGGUGAUGCCGGUGACUCUAUGACUUCCAAUUCCCUCACGAACAUGCAUGACAACAUGAAGUUUUCCACCCACGACCGCGACAAUGAUCGAAGCUACAAUAAGAACUGUGCUGACAAAGAGGGAGGAGGUUGGUGGUAUGACUCGUGCUAUGUUGCCCAACUCAAUAAGCAAAACGGAAUCCACUGGGCAACGUUAUGUGACCAUAACUGCAGAAAAUCCAUUAUUAUGAUAGCACCUAUCCAAAUGCACUGUUAUCGGGUCUAGGUCAUAAGUCAAGGAGGUAUCUCAAAGGACUGAAAGUGGUUGAUAGCAUCAGUCAUUAAUAGUAAAAUCUCAGUGCCAAAAGAUCUGGGAGAAACUCCAACGCUCUAAUUGCUCCAGCAAAAAUUAUUGGUGCAUUUUAAUUGGGAGAUACAAACAAAAUCGGUGGUCCUUAACCCAGUCAUCAAGGCACACUCCAGGUUUUCUCAGGAUUGGAACAGAGCUAGGAAAAUACUGGGCUCUUGGUGUGCC